CAAAACAUGCCGGAGAGAUAAACCAUCACCGCAAAACUCUCCUCCAUGGUCGUCUUCCCCAAAUCCCUGUCCCCCAAACACCUCCUCAAGCUCCUAAAAUCAGAGAAGAACCCUCGCGCCGCCUUCGCUCUCUUCGACACAGCGACUCUCCACCCAAACUACGCACACUCCGCCCCCGUCUUCCACCACAUCCUCCGCCGGCUCGCGGAGGCUCGUAUGGUCGCCCAAGUCUCCCGCGUCGUCGACCUCAUUAAAUCGCAAGAAUGCAAGUGCGACGAGGACGUCGCGUUGUCAGUCAUCAAAGCCUACGGAAAGAACUCGAUGCCCGACAGAGCCCUCGACGUGUUCCAGCGAAUGUCGGAGAUCUUCGGGUGCGAGCCGGGGAUUCGAUCUUACAACUCUCUGCUCAGCGCCUUCGUGGAGGCGAGACAGUGGCCUAAAGUCGAGUCAUUGUUCGCUUACAUCGAAACAGCGGGUUUAAGGCCUAAUCUGCAGACGUAUAAUGUUUUGAUUAAGAUGUCGUGUAAGAAGAAGCAGUUCGAGAAAGCGAAGGAGCUUUUGAAUUGGUUGUGGGAAGAGGGUUUGAAGCCUGACGUGUUAAGCUACAGCACUGUGAUUAAUGAGAUUGUUAAAGCCGGAGACUUGGAUGAUGCAUUGAAGCUGUUCGACGAAAUGUCUGAGAGAGGAGUGGCGGCUGAUGUCACUUGUUACAAUAUUCUAAUCGAUGGGUUUCUUAAAGGAAGAGAUCACACCAAGGCUAUGGAGCUCUGGGAGAGAUUGUCAGAGGAUACUUCUGUUUAUCCGAAUGUUAAGACUCAUAACAUAAUGAUUAGUGGUUUGAGCAAGUGCGGGAGGGUAUAUGAUUGCGUGAAGAUAUGGGAGAGGAUGAAGGAGAACGAGAGAGAUAAAGAUUUGUUUACUUAUAGUAGUAUGAUACAUGGACUCUGUGGGGUGGGGAGUGUUGAUAUAGCUGAGAGUGUGUUUAAAGAGUUGGUUGAAAGUAAGGUCUUUAUAGAUGUGGUGACAUACAACACUAUGCUCGAUGGGUUUUGUCGUUGCGGGGAGAUCAAGAAGAGUUUGGAGUUGUGGAGAGUCAUGGAGCAGAAGAGUUCAGUUAACACAGUGAGUUACAACAUUUUGAUUAAAGGGUUGUUGGAGUAUGGUAAGAUAGACGAAGCAACGAUGAUUUGGAAGCUUAUGCCUGCGAAAGGAUACACGGCGGAUAAUAUAACGUAUGGUGUUUAUAUACACGGGUUAUGCGUGAAUGGUUAUGUAAAUAAAGCCUUGGAGGUGAUGAAAGAAGUCGAGAGCAGAGGUGGGAGUCUUGAUGUUUACGCGUAUUCGUCGAUUAUAAACUUUUUAUGCAAAGAGAGGAGACUAGAAGAAGCGUCAGAGUUGGUGAAAGAGAUAAGCAAGCACGGUGUGGAGAUUAACUCUCAUGUUAUUAAUGGUUUAAUGAGUGGGUUAAUCCGAGAGUCGAGACUUAGUGAUGCUUCUUUUUUACUCAAAGAGAUGGCGAAGAACGGUUGUCGUCCCACCGUUGUAUCUUACAACAUUCUCAUCGACGGCUUGCGUAAAGCAGGAAAGUUUAGUGAAACAUCAGCUGUAGUAAGGGACAUGCUUGAGAACGGAUGGAAACCAGAUCUUAGAACAUAUAGUUCACUUCUGUCCGGUCUUUGCCACGAUGGGAAGAUCGAUUUAGCACUAGACUUGUGGCGCCAGUUUCUCAAAACGGGUCAAAACCCUGAUGUGACCAUGCAUAACAUUCUAAUCCAUGGUCUGUGCUCUGUUGGGAAGCUUGAUGAUGCGAUGAAACUCGCGGCGGAGAUGGAGCGUUGGAGCUGCGUUGCGAAUCAUGUGACUUACAACACGUUGAUGGAAGGAUGCUUUAAAGUUAGAGACAGUAAUAGCGCGAAAGUGAUUUGGGGUUACAUGUAUAAAAAGGGGUGGGGAGCUGAUGUUAUAUCUUACAACAUUAUGCUGUCAGGGUUGUGUAUGUGCGGCAGAGUUAGGCACGCUAUUGAGUUCUUUGAUGAUGCUCGAAGCCAUGGCAUUGCCCCAACUGUUGUCACCUGGGACAUACUCGUUAGAGCUGUAGUGAAUUACUAACGUAAUGAAUGUUGAAGGGGUUGUUGCAUAGUCUGGCUCCGGAUUUGAUCUCUAGACCAGCUCAGCUAGCUUUCGGUUUUGGAGGUUGAGUUGUGAUGUAUGUGUGCUUGGAAGUGACAUGAGGUUAAAUCACAGGAAGUCGAUAGUGUACUAUACUUAUGGAUUAUACAUACAUCACAAGCAUUUGGGUGAAGACUCACAUGGGUUUGAAUGAUAUGAGUAAACUUCAUGGAGAUCUGAUACUUUGGAUAAUACAUAUACAUUCACAAGCAUUUGGGUGACUCGCAUUUGUUUUGAAUGAUUUUGAGUUAACAUCAUCGAGAUCUGAUGCAAAAGAGAAACUGUAGCUUUAUGUA